AUGAAGGUCGCUUUCAUCCUUUCUGGCCUCGCUGCCUUUGCUUCCUGCAUGGCUGUCGAGAAGCGCGAUGGUACUUGUGCCCAGCAACCCGCUGGAUCCGGCCCACCAUCCAACCCCGACACACCCUCCAACUUCCAAAUCGAUCCCAAUUUCACCAACCUGGCCACCGCAGCCACCACCCCAACAAACUACACCCUCGCCUUCAGCAACGGCAACGCCGCCACGGCCGGUACAACCUUCGUCGGUAGCACCCUGCUGACGACCUACGCACCCGCUCAGUGCGCUUCGUUCUGCACGCAGACCAUGCGCUGCGCCGGUUUCAACAUCUACUUUGAAAGAGACCCCUCCCUCGAUCCGAAUGCUGUUGGAUGCCCCAACCCUGCCGGCGUCACGAAUAUCAAGUGUAUUCUGUGGGGUGAGACGGUCAGCAAUACCACGGCUACAAACUAUGGGCAGUUCAGAGCUUCGUUCCAGGUUGUUGUUGCUGGCUCUAACGGCUACAACCGCGUCAACUAA